AUGGACCUGUCGACCGCGACGAAGCUCUACGGUCCGCACUCGCGCGCGCUGCGCAUCCGCGCCGUCGCCGCGUGGGCGGGCGUCGACGUCGAGAGCCACCGACCGUUCACGGAGGGCGUCACGAAUCGCACGUCGUGGUUUCUCGAGAAGAGCCCGCUCGGGACGACGCCGCUGCUGGAGACGAGCGACGGGACGUGCGUGUUCGAGUCCGACGCGAUAUGCCGCUUCCUCGCCGCGAAGUGCGGGAACGCGCUGUACCCCGCGAACGACGACGCGGUCAGGGCGCGGAUAGACGAGUGGCUGAGAUCGUUCGACGCGCUCGACUGCGUGGGGCCAGGGUGGCUGUACCCGGUCCUCGGCAUCGGCGCCGACCGAGGCAUCGCGUUCGACGCCGUCAAAGAGCGCGACGCGAAGAGGACCCUCCGCGCGUUCCUCGGCAUACUGCAGUCCCACUUCGGCGAGGGCGGCGUCCCGUUCUCGUACCUCGUCCGCGCGGAGAUCUCCCUCGCGGACGUCGUCGGCGCCGCGCAGGCGCGUUCGUGUCGAUGUCGAUUUCGUUUAUUCGUUUGA